AUGAGCGAUCUCCAAAGAUGUACCGUUAGCCCUUUGCUUGUAGGAUUCAUUGUGCUCCUCAAGGAGCAUUACGACAAAGGCAUUUCUUUUGUAUCUCUGGCCCUCUUCGAGGCUUUUGGCGUUGUAGAAUCUCGGCAUCAAUGGGAAUGUCACGUCUCGAGAGUGGAACAGCUCCUUUACGACAUCAACAAAGCCGAACAAGACAAGCAUGACAAGGAUGAGAUGGAAAGAGUUCAGGCGGCUUUGCAAGAUAUUGCUGCGACAACUCAGUGCAUCCGGAGUGGAAAGACCGUGGUGGUUGGAGACAUUGCACUUUGA